GCGGAGAGGUGGCGGGGGUGGGCUGCGGCCCCGGGUGGCCCCUGCGGUCCGCCUCCCCGCGGCCCCGCUUCCCAGGUGGGGACGCCCCCUCGCACGCGGGGCGGGUGGGAAGGAGGGGCUGGGCCCCGAGCACCGCCCCUGCAUCUAUCACAUGGCCCGAGAGCCACAAAAACAACAGCUUUGGCCGAGACCCUGACUUGAGGACGGGAGCCCCGGGCUCUCGGUGCCAGCCCCCUCCCCAUGGAGGAGAGUUUUCUGGAAUCCUUCGGGAGGCUGAGCUUGCAGCAGCACCGGCAGCAGCAGCAGCAGCAGCAGCCGCCGCCGCCGGCGCCUCGGCCACCGGCCCCGCCGCCCCCGCGCGGGACCCCCCCGCGUCGCCCCAGCUUCCGCAAACACCUCUACCUCCUGCGCGGCCUGCCCGGCUCGGGCAAGACCACCCUGGCCAGACAGUUGCAACAUGACUUCCCCAGGGCCCUGAUUUUCAGCACGGAUGAUUUUUUCUUCAGGGAAGAUGGUACCUACGAAUUCAAUCCUGACUUCCUGGAGGAAGCGCAUGAGUGGAACCAGAAAAGAGCAAGAAAAGCAAUGAGGAAUGGCAUAUCCCCUAUUAUUAUCGAUAAUACCAACCUCCACGCCUGGGAAAUGAAGCCCUAUGCAGUCAUGGCACUUGAAAAUAACUAUGAAGUUAUAUUCCGAGAACCUGACACUCGCUGGAAAUUCAACGUUCAAGAGUUAGCAAGAAGAAACAUUCAUGGAGUCCCAAGAGAAAAAAUACAGCGCAUGAAAGAACGGUAUGAACAUGAUGUUACCUUUCGCAGUGUGCUUCAUGCAGAAAAACCAAACAGAAUGAACAGAAACCAGGACAGGAAUAAUGCAUCAUUCUCCAACGGCACAGGCUACUGGAAUACCUACGCCGAGUUCCCACAGCGGCGGGCGCCUGGCGGCUUCACCCAGAGGAACACCAGCAGGAGGGGAGGCUGUCACCACGGAUAUUAGAAGCAUUCCAGAUGUUCCCAAAUGAGUUUUUACUUCGAUUUUUAGUAUUUAUUCGUCGUCUCGUUUUAUUCCAAGCUCUAACUCCAGUGUAAAUAGUAGAAUCUGAAAGUUUUUGAACCAAAGUCAUUAUUUUCAUGUUCAAUAAACAUUUGUUCAAGUGAUCAUAUAUGCAUGGUCUGAUGUGGGGAACUCUGCAGAUAAAUUCAACAAAGUUACUUUCUAUGGGGGAAAAUGUGAAAACUGUGACCUGACACCAUAAACAAGAACAUAGCCAUUCAUAUAGGUGAUAAAAUAACACACGCUUCAGUGCCUAUUUUUUUUUUUCAGGACAUUCAUCUCCAUUAGGAAAGUUGGAAAGGUGGGAGAGAAAUGGGAGGAAGGAAAAAUUUGAUUUCAGUGCCAUUUCUGCUUUGAUUGAUCACCUGUGUAUCCAAAAAAUGUGAAUUUUGUGACUUCAAUGACAUUGAUUUUCUUUUAAAAGGAACGUACUAAAAUAAACAUCUCGGGAAUAUUCUCCUUUUGACACUCUUUGGAAAGUACUCCUUUGGUGAUGCACCUUUGUUAAAACCAUUGACACCUUUUUAAUAGCCACACAGGCUCCUGAGGAAAAUCAGUGUCAUUUAAGUUACAUCAUGUGUUUUUAUUGAAUGUAAUUAGAACUGAGUAACUUUUGACUGUUUUGCUAAUAGUGGAAAUAAUAUAAACCUGCCCUGAGGAGACACCAGUUUUGGGGAGGAAUAAUUAAAAAAUUGUGUGUAUAAAUGUGUGUCAUCAGUUGGCAGCAUACUUUCAGGCAUGAAAGUGAGCUCCCAGGGCCCACCUCCUACAGGGAUAAAGUUCAGUGUUCACUGUGAGAUGAACUAGCUUGGUGUUUUAUGUGGCAUUGUCUGCGAUGAAGUUCUGCAAUGCUAAAAUGUCCUGUUAAUACCAGUAAUGAAUUUCUGAGUCUAUGAAUCCAGAUGAAACCUCAGGUAGUUGACAUCAGAUUAGCUGGACCUGAGACCAUGAUAGAUAAAACCAUGUUGGUUGUAAGCUUUAUUUAUUUUGUUGUUGCCCAACAGCUUCUAAUGUUCUGUCAAGUAUUAUUUUGUGUCCUAAAUGAUGGUGCUUUUAUGGUUAUUAAAAAUUACAUAUUAUAUUGCUUUA